CACCUGGCUACCCAUCAGUCCUACCCAUUGCUCACCUCGACAUCACAACGACUAUGCUGCGACAGAUCGCCAGGGCACUGCCCCGCCCAACCACUCAAGUCAGGGCCUUCACCUCGGCACGCUCUGUCGAGGAACCCUCUACUAACUACCGCCCUGGCAAGGAGGGAUUCGCUCCAGGCAUUCCUCACCCUCCUGGCAGCUCAGCCUCGCCUAUGCCUCCUCCAGCACCCCGCACGGUCGAGUCACUUCCAAAAAUGUCCAGGAAGCACCAAAUGAAGGCCAAUGGAUCGCCAGCACAGAAAUACAAGCUCGAGAUGACCAAGAUUCGUCAUACAUAUCAGCGCGAGCACUUUGAAGGUCAGGACGUCAAGCGGGCAGAGAUCGAGAGGCAGCGCAAGGGGUCCAUGCGCCGUCUGCAGGAGCGUCAAACAAAGGAUAGACAGGAGAAUGAACACCGCUUGUCAUUCGAGCGUUUGAUGCAGCCAAACGGUGAGAUGGCCGUCUCAGGACCGGAGCGACAGGCCCAGGUGGCGGAAUUUGUUAAGCAGCGUCGGAUCCAGCGUCGGGAGAACUACCAGAAGGCAGAGGAGCGCGCUUCAGAAAGGAGGAUGGAUGCUAUGAUCCGGUUAUACCAUGCCGCAGACGACUUUGUGACGAUGGAGAACCUGGACGCGAAGGUGAACGAGUUUUACGAGACAGGAAUGACGCUAUACAACAAGGCGUAUUUGCUGGGGGUGCAGGACAUGGUGUCGGAUGUGAUGGAGAACGGAGGACAGGUCUCGUACGUCAACCUGUUGAAGCGCGAGCAGGAGCUCAAGGAUGCACUGGAGGGCACUGUCAUGGGAGGCAAGAUUGGCUACGAAAGCGCCAAGGCCACGACGGACGGGUCAGCAUGAAGGAGACAAGGGAACAUGUAUCGGGGUUCAUAGGAGUAUUUUACUAGACGUUCA